AUGAAUUCUCCAUGUAUAAUAAAACAAAUUUGUGUAGAGAAACACAUACUCUGCUCAGAUUUGGCGGUAAUUGGUCUUAAUACUAUAAUUACCGAAACAAUAGCAAAAGAAAAAUUAGAUUAUGAAUUAAAUAUACAAAACACAACAAAUGAAAUAAAAGAAUGUCAAGAUAAUUUAUAUAAACAAUACAUGGCGAUGAAAAAUUCCAUUGAAUUAGGAAAAACACUUGCUGAAACAAUUGGAAAACAGAUCAUCGAAGAUAUUUGUCGUCUUUUACAACGUAGAAUUGAUAAAGAUAUAAGAGAAGAUAUCGUUAAAAGUCAAUUUAUUAAUCAUGAAGCUAUACAAAAACAAGCCUAUGAACAAAGUAUAAGUCAAGCAAAUGGUGAGAAUAUUCUUAAAUAUAUUUAUGAUAUCAAUCGAUAUUUCAUUGAGUUGAGUUUAAAAGAAGUAAAAACAACUUUACAUGCUGUAACACAUCAUCAUACAUUAAAUUUUCAACAUUUAAUUAUUAAAGCAAUUGAUACAGCAAAUAAAUUUGUUGAAGAACAUACAUAUGAAGACACUCUUGAAUUAAGAAAUGGGAUACGAAAAGCAAUUCUUGAUAUACCUGAAUUGAAAUCGACAGAAUCAUUGGAAAGAGAAUUAUACUCGAUGUUUGCGUUUAAUAAUGUUAUUCGCAUGACAAUUACAGACAAAAAGCUAUUUAACCAAGGUUUUGAAAAUAUUUGUACGUAUUACAAAGAUAUCGAAAAAACAAUAAACGAUUUAACAAAAAAUAUCAAAACUGAAGCAUUUAACAGUUGUAAACAGAGUAUUGCAUUACGACUUGGUUGCCAAGCUCGAUGUCCAGGAUGUGGUGCUAAAUGUAGUAAAACAGAACCUCAUCAGAAAGAAGAGGUUGAAGUUUGGCAAGAUCCUUGUAAAAUUUGUCUACCAAGUGAUUGUACGUGCAAACAUCCUGAACCAAGUUUUGUUGAAACUCAUGAGAGUACAUACCACUUGGCAACUGCAUUUCGUGGAACGCGAUAUCACAAAACACAUACACCGUGUCUUGAAUUGUGUUAUCAGCGUUGGACAACAAUAGGUGUUCAUGCAGGAAAACAGCAUCAACCGAAUAACUUGCAGAAUGAAAAGAGCGAUGAGACUGAAGAUGAGGAUGAAAUUAUAUUUCCAAAAGCUAAAUAUUAUAAUGAAAGAUAUCCAUCAUGGUAUAAUAACUUAAAAAAACAAUCAACAGAAGGUAAUGCAUGCAAUGAAAGGAUUCCACCGCCUGAUCAAAGACGUGCUUGGAUGGUUGUUCGUCAUGCAAUCGUGGAUCGUCAUAAAAUUUCUAUGAUCGACAACGAAGAAUAUGAUGAUAAGUUAUAUCCAUUAAAUGUCGAAGCUUUACCAGCAGACUUCGAGCCACGAUGGAAAGAUGAAAAUUUUGAAUAA